AUGUUUCCAAAUCGUAAAGAGAAAAAUGCGCGACAGCAACCUGGCGAUACUCGUGAACUGUCGCUUGACUUGGAUGUUGGCAAAGAACUGCGGCAACAACAACAACAACAACAACUGCAACAACUGCAACAACUGCAACAACUGCAACAACUGCAACAACUGCAACAACUGCAACAACAACCUUCAACUUCAUCCUCACAUCAGACUUUUGAUGACGAACUAUACACAUCGGAUGCACCCAGAACUAUGUCCACUGCUCCAUCUGAUCAAACUCUACCCAAAGAGUAUGUCUCACCCACAAAAUCACUCAAAAAUAUGUUAUUUUUCAAAAAUCGAAUGUCAAACCAAUCGUUUGAAAGUAUUAGCGAGCAGCCGGAAUUAGAAGCACAGGAAAAAGGUUUGGUUCACAGUCAUACUCUUGCUCCUUCCAGAAGCAAUUACGAACUUUCCCCAACAAGAUCUCCACGCAAUUUGCACUUCAACAUUAGACCUCUAUUUGCAAGAUCGAAAUCAUCAGUAGCGUCUGAUGCAAGUAAUCAUCUUUCCACAAAUACCAGCACCAACUUUAACUCAAGCAUAAUACCAAAUCCUAAUCCAAAGUAUCCGAUGUUGGACCCACUGAGAAAUGUCACUCUCGAGGACUUUGCUGACACAGAGUCAGAAGAUUCUGCUCAUAGUAUCCAUAGCAAACAGUCCUCCGAAACACGACAGCCAUUAAAUGAUGUCGAUGUUUAUAGAAGCCAUCACGAGCCCCACCAAGAUAGUCAAGACCACUCCCACCACUCCCACCAAAAUCACCAAAAUCACCAAAAUCACCAAAAUCGCCAAAACCACGCCCAACAACAAAAAGAAACUCAACAAGACCAAGAACAGUAUGGGAACAUCACUGCCGAUGACUCCAUAAAUAUUCUCCUUUCGGAGUACCAAACCCAGGAUGAUGGGUUGUUAACAAAUCGAGGAAGUCGAUUUGUUGAGCUCGAUUCACGACCUCAAAGUACUGUAAUAUCAAAGGAGGAAAGUGAAGCAUUAGUGUCCGAUAUACUUCGGCACGGCUCAGUAAAGUCUGGCGGUGCAUCAGCAAGUAGACAUACAUCCUUUCACGGAAGAUCUUCACCUCAACAAGCAAUGCAAGGCGUUCCAAAAUCUACUUCCAGUAGUUCCAAUUUGUCUUCUCCUUUGACAAGUGAGAAGAACUUGGCACCAAAUGUAACGCCGAGCCCACCCUCGAGAGGAAAGCCUGGAAAUACAAGGCACGAAACAGCAAAGUCUGCAAAUAAGCAUAUGAGCACAUCCACAAAUGUGGAUAUCAAUAGAUCAUCAUUGCGAACAUCACUUGCAUUUAGUGACGAUAGUGAUGUCUCAGGGAUCAAGUACCCUGAUCCCACGAUAACUCCACUAGCAACACCCACGGUACACCAAACGCGCAAUUCUUCAUCAAAUGAAAAUUCCAAAAGAGAGAGCCUUCCAAGUAUACCUUACGAUAAUGAUAAUGACCUUGAACGUGAUCUUGAACGUGAUCAUGUUGCAAUAGCUGGUCUGUUGCACUCUAAAGAUAAUAAUCCUGGUCAAACGCAAGCAUCAGCAGCAUUACAGCAGCAGCAACAACAACAACAACAACAACAACAGCAGCAAAAACGUCGGAUAGGUCGAGAGCAUAUACCAUCUGAUUUGCAACAAGAGGUGCUUGAAGAAACCAUUGCAUCUAAUGUAAUUCUAUCUGACCAUGGCGACAGUACAACUGGUGGUGGUAAGGGGCUUAUUUCCUACACAUUUGACGAAACAAUGUUGAAUGAGGAUGAAUACAACUAUAAUGCGUCUGCUAGAUCGUCGAUGUCCUCGGGAGAAUUGCUUCAAAACCUUGAAGGUUCAUAUAACAAUCAGACAAAGAGUAGUGAGAACACAGAUUCAUUUAACAAACUGCAACAACAACAACAACUGCAACAAAAUCAAACUAACCUUGGUCUUUCGCCAGGAGUGGUCUUAAUCCCUGUGAGUGGUGGUGCAGUUCAGCAUGCUAUCCAGCAAGUUGAAGAAGAAGAUGAAGACCAUGCUCCGCAUUCACAAAAGGCUUUAUCUAGUAGCGCAUCCCCUGAAAGCAAGGAUGCCGAAGAGGAAAAUAAGAAUCAGCAUUAUAGUAAAGGUGAUGAAGAUGACAUGACUGCGGGAAUGGAUCAGGCGAAUACGUUGCCAGUGAUGACAUUUAAAGUUCAAGAUAAAGGAUUUGACGAAUCCAAGAGCCGUUGGUCUGUUUACGAAAGAUAUAGUGAUCCAUACACGACUUUGAACAUUGCAACUGGAGCAGGUGCAGCUUUGGAAUCAGGAUUAGGCUCAAAGUCAGACAAGCCACAUAAUAUCACGGGUGGUAGUUUAGCAUCCCACACUUUUCGACUUGAUCCUGCUGCUGGGUAUAUUGAGCCCUCGAGUCCACAAGUGGCGCAAGCUCAUGGUGGGUCGCCACACACUCAGGGAGUUUCUUCGCGUGCUGCGUUGAGACAUUCCAACUCUACUACAUCAACACAUUCGAUUCUUCGGAUGGCUCGCAAUUUAGCUGAUGAAGGGUUUGAAUUGGGUAAUACCACAUCGGAGCAUGACUCGGGCUCUCGUGGUUCAUCUAUGGUACUAUCACAACCCAAGCGUAAUUUGUUUUUGGAGAAUAGGCAUUCAUCAAUGAAUAUGGUUGAUUUGGAGAAGCAAUUGAACUCAUUGGUGAUAGACAAGUCUACAUUGCCUUAUUUGCCACGUCAACAAUCGCAGGACUCUACGAAUCAAACCUUGCAUAUCUAUCCCUGGUUACAAUUUGGUGCGCUCAUGUGUGUUGCGCUUGUUGUGCCACCGGUAUUCUUUUUAAUUAGUCUUGGUGUAUUUGAUGGAAAUAAUGGGUUGCAGUCGUAUUAUGGAGGAAUGAGAUAUUAUAAUUCGGAAAAGGGUGGGGCAUCUUCAAACACCGUUGUUGUGAAAAAGUUUAGUUUUACGCAAAAGAUGUUGAGUUUUGUUAUUGGACUAGCAUGGAUAUUAAUUGUUUUGGCGAUGAUUGGAGUAGGUUUGGGAGUGGGGUUAACCCGUAAUAGAAGCUAA